AUGAAGCCUUCCCGCCCAUCAGCCCCUCACACAAGGCAUCAGGGAUUGCAGCGAGAAACAAGCCUCAGAGAACGGCACGGGGAAGAGGAGGAACGACCCAAGAACACCGCCACCUCACCCGCCCGUCUCCCUCAUCGCGCACACUGCACUGCAGAACCCGCCGCAGCCCACACCCCACUCCCACCUAUGCUGCGCGCCGCCCGCGCCUCCUUCCCGCUCAGCAGCGGGGCGGGGCUUCGCCCGGGACACGCCCCCACGGCCGGGCCGCACCUCGCCUUCUCAGGAGAUGCAUCUGGUUCGGAGUGGUACGGCGGUGGUGCUGUAGCCGGAGCUCUGCUUGGUGGCUAUCGGAAGAUUGUUAAAAGAGAGGUUACGUCUGGAGGCCACGCUGCUCGUACUUCAUACAGAAAACUACUGAAGGGGCUAUGAAAUCCUCCAUGAUUUACACUCCCUCUCAGUGCAUUAGGAUAUAGAUCUACUCGGCGCUAAAAAUACUGUGGAGUUUGUAACCGACGUGAAUAUAUGUGCGUUAUUUCAGAAAGUCUGUUAGAAAACUUGUCAACACGUUAUAAAGCAUAAACCAGGGCUCGGCCAUUAAAGGCGGAGAUCAGACACAGAAGCACACCGCAGGAAGCGCCGAGAAAAGUCCCCCAUUCAAAACACUGCUGGCCGCGAGCUGACACCCGGCGCGCACCGAAGGGCUCGGGGGAGCCGCGCUCCAUCGUUGUGGGGCACGGACGGGGCUGCGCGCCCUGGGCUACGGCGAAUAAUGGUCGCGGCGUCAGGAUUUAUCGCCUGGCAAAAGCCGCGUCAGGGCUUGUAAAUACAGUUAUUUGUGUCCACGGCUGCUCGUUAAACAGCCUCGCUCCUUCCACGAAAACACAGCAAAAUAAAAACCCACCUGCUUUAAUAAAGCCCGUGGAUACGGCGCUCCAAGAACGCCUCCCGACGCCUUUUCUCGGUCUGCUGUCGCCCUCUCGUCACAUGACAACGGCAGCGCGGGGGGCGGCGGGCAGUGCGCGUUAUUGUGAUCAAUGCCGACAGCAGCGCCCGUCCGGCCGAGGGGAGCGCUGAGCUGAGGUACGGCUCCGCUUCGCCCGCGCAGUUACUCCGUGCCAGCAUUGAGGGCACACUGCCGGCAGGACUCGCUCGCUGCCGUUCCCGAGAGCAUCCGUACAAUCAGCUGUCGAGUGCGUCUCACGGUGCGGCAGGGGCAGCCACCGCUGGAAUCUCAGCCGCGGUGCAGCGAGACGGCGGGCUGAGGUAUAACUAAGUGAUAAACUCGCUGCGAGUUUUUAAAGAAAACCGAUGGAACGCUGCCUGGUAUUUAUCAGAACCGGCCCCGGCCAGGUAUGCCGCCGUACGUGGGCUUCGGAGAGCGCACGGCUGCGUAAUGACUCGUAAUUAUUCAGAGCACUGUUAAAUGCGAACUGCAGAACGUUUCGGAGGUAAUAAAGUAAUUACUUC